UUNACGAGCCAGCUAAUUUCUAUCAGGCGUAUUUCCGCAGAGAAAGAAACAAAGGUUUGUUUACCGCUAACCAACAACUCAAAGGUGAUUUGCCUAUUUACACGCGACAAAACGCUGCAGGAACAAGGAGGGGAUUGGAAGUCCCCGAGGAACGAGAUUACUAUCCCUAAUGGGGCCCCACCCCGUGGAAGGACAUUGCUAUCAUGGUCAGCGAUAAAAAGACCGAGGCGUUGAUGAAGAAAUACGUCAACAGUCCUCAUUAUGGGCACAAAUACCUGUGUAUCAUGCCAACCAAGCUAGCUGGUAACGCAGAUUGUCCACUAAACAACGCAAAUAUUCGCGCCGAGGAAUGUGUUGCUAAAUACAUCACCGCCGAGUCGUGUAAGGCUGCUAAUGGGACCUGGACAAAAUUCAUUACUAACUACCUGGAGAAAACUGGUGGUGUCUUGAGCACGUGCCACAACGUAGGAGAAAUGAAGAUAGCAAGAGGUAUACCAUAUGACGCAGAGAAGAUCUCACAAGGAUCUGGUAAGGAGCCGCCACAGUAUGUUCUUCUUCACAAAAAACCAGAUGUGAUCUACGCCCCAUCCACAGUCGUUAACCACAACGGAAUGAACAUGGAGGGAAAGUUUUCGUCGUACAAGUGGAAGGUUCCAUGUUUCCCAACCAACACCACUCAGCGUUGCGUGUUACGACUGAGAUACAACAUCACCACUGAUGACGUUCCGCGAGAAUUUAACGCCAGCAACAAUAAUGAAGUUACGAAUGACCCGAAAACCAAAGCAGUUGAUGGUACAACAGAUCUACAACUCGCCUUGAACACAGCACAGCUCGGUCGCACAUUCCAGGACAGAAGUCACGUGAUCCUUCUCAAACCACGAAGUACUCUGCCUCUAAAAUUCCAGCAUUCCAACAUAUACUACAUCGGAGGAAUGGGAAAGAGAGGAAACAUUGUGCAGGCUUAUCCAGCCAUGGAGUAUCGCUUCACUCCUGAACGCAUUACAGUUACAACAGAUGAUGUGGUGUGCUUUGUCUGGUCUGGCUCCAACAACAAUCAGAACAACGACGGAGAAGGAACAGCACGUACGGAUCGCACCAACGUGUGUUGGGUAAAGGAAGGAUGCAGCUCCCUCAAACCAGCAGCUUGCUCCAGCUUGCCUCUCGAAGUGGUUGACCAUGUUGAUAAAUUCGAUACUGAAGAUUUGAACCUUCACCUAAACAAAGGAUGUUACACAGAUAAGAAGAAACCACUUCAGAAUCAAUUGAACAACGCCCCAGCCUCCUGCAAUCCGCCAUGCUUCCGCAUCACGAAGCCCGGGGAGUACUGUUACAUGAGCACGCGUAAUAACAACUUCUCCAACCGACGUCACAUGGGACAGAUCACUGUUACCGAAGCUUCCAAGGGUGCCAAGUGAUCGUACUUUGUAUGUUAGGAGUUAAAUUUUCUCGCCGUUGCUUGUGUGUGUUGUAUAAGCUGUAGCAGUGUGGUUUCUACUAUUAAAGAAAGGGGACACGACCUUGA